CGUAGCCGAUCGCGCGUAGUCGACCGUAGGCGUGCUACGAAAUCGUAGACGUCAAACUAGUUUAGUGUAUUAUGAAAACUGUGAACAGUGCGAUAGUUUCCUGUUGUAUUUUCAGCGUGCCAGCGAGAAUGUAGACAUGUGCGCGCCGGCGACCGCGGCAUUGCUCCUAGCCGCACUGUCAGCUCUGCCUUGUAGAGGUACUGAUGCCGACGCCAGUUCCAAAAUUAUCAAGAAAGCUGAAAAAGCUCAAGAAGCUACUCAACCGACUGUAAACAAAAUCUAUCAAUUACUACAUAACCCAGACUUACAUAAUCAUACUAUACUUCAAAUUUCUAGCUCUAAUAUUCCUACAUUUAACUUCUAUGAUAUAGAUUCUUCUGAUAAGACUACAAUUAUGUAUAAUGUUAGCGAUAACGAACUAGAUAUAAAUGUAAAUAUAUCUCAUGUGGGUGCUAAAGUUGAUAUACCAGAGGACGAGGUAGAUAAACUAAAGAAAAAUAGGCAAAGACGGGUUGUGAAUGUAGUAAGGACUGAGGGUGUCACUGUUAGUUAUAAAGAUGUAGUAACUACAGUAGUGUCUAUGCCAACUCCACCGCCACACACAAUGGAAAGGAGACGAAAGCCAGGAGAAACAGGAUCUAGUGCGCCGCUGCUAAAUUACAUAUUCGAUACAUACUCGAAUACACAUUACCAUAAAAAUGAAAAAAGUGGCACUGGAAACAGUAUCUACGCAGCUGCAGCCCCAGAGAUCGAGGCUCUGGUCGGGUCUGCAACUCAUCUGGACUGCAAGGUCGACGCCCUACAUGAUAAACUGGUGUCAUGGGUCCGUCGGAAAAACGACGAGGAGCCGAUGGAAUUGCUAACGACCGGCACUCAACAGUACACAGCCGACGAUCGGUAUUCCGCCCGUUUUAUACCCCCAGACAUCUGGAGGCUCGAGAUCAGGGAGGUGAGGGCCACAGACGCGGCCCAUUAUGAUUGCCAACUUUCUGCGCAUCCGCCAAGGACGGCACGCGUCACACUGCAUGUGCCUGAAGUAUCAGUAAGAAUAGUGGAUGGCGCUGGCGCAGAAGUGUCCGAACAAGUUUGUGAGGUUGGCAGCACUGUUGCUCUUCGAUGUGAGGUGCGCGGCCUGAGGAUGGAGGGGGGGCCCUCACUGCUGUGGUACAGGAGAGAAGCCUUGCUGAACGACGACACUACCAGAGGUGGCAUCAGUGUUCGCACAGAAUUCGGUGCGAACGGUGCCAACUCUGUGCUGCGUGUGGCUCGAGUCCGCAACGACGAUGCGGGCCAGUACACGUGCACCGUGGCACGAGCCCCACCCCCCGCCCCUCCACCCGCGCACGUCAUGCUACACGUCAUCAAAGGCGAGAGCUUAGCAGAGCUACAUCAAGGCAGUAGUCGCUUCAAACUGGACGGGUUUAUUGCGAUCGUGAUGGCGUUGAUCGUAGUUUUACACUACCAUUGAAUUAACAAUAAACUGA